CUCAACACAUAAAAUGAAGAUGCCGAACGGACGAAAAACAGAAACAAAGUGAAUGUAGAUAGAGGUAAACCACGAUAACUCUGGAAAAAAUAUAAAAAACGACAUCAAAGCGAGAAUCUCCUGUUUUUGGUGACGAAUCAUAUAUAGAACGCAUUACUUCUCAUUGUUUGCGAUUGCAUUGAGAUUAAAUGAGCAGCAAAGUGAUUUUCAGUAAAUAUUAAGACUACAUCACAAAAGGAACAUUUCAGUGAAAUAAAUACGUGAAAAGUCAUUGUGCUGUUGAUCAGUAAAGAAGCAAGAAAGUUACUGGUAAAGAAAAGUAUAAAGUUCAUCAAAAAAAAAAACAUAGAAAUAUAAAUAUGAAGAUAACGGUAACUACCUUGACGGAUAGCGUGUUUUUCUUGGAUGUUUCCGAAGAUCUAGAGCUGGAAAACUUCAAGGCAUUUUGUGAAGUAGAGUCUGGAACACCCAUAUCUCAGAUAGUUAUCCUCUUCAAUGGUGCUCCAUUGCUAGAUGACAAAAAACCGCUAAAAUAUUUCGGUAUCAGAGAUGGUGACUGUGUAAUAUUACAAAGUUUGCCAGUCGGUCGCAGUAUAGGUGCUCCAGCGACCGGUGGUCUAGGUAAUGUUCUAGGAACUGGUGUUGGUGGUGGCAGUAAUUCGGCGUUAGUACCAGGAUAUCGCCCUUCACCUAGCGACAUGGAUUACUCUGAUUCCGAUGAAUUUAAUGUCAACUACGAUGACGACCCAGCUGCAGUGCGUACAAUGCUUCUUUCAAAUCCGGAAUCGCUGUCCCUAUUGAAACAAAAUAAUCCGAAAUUGGCCGAUGCAUUAUUAUCGGGUAAUUUGGAAACAUUCUCUAAGGUAUUGCGAGAGCAAAUUGAUCUUAGAAAACAACGCCAGUUGCAACGUUUACGCAUGUUGAAUGCUGAUCCGUUUGAUGAAGAGGCUCAACGACUUAUUGCUGAAGAGAUUAAACAAAAAAACAUUCAAGAUAAUAUGGCAGCAGCUAUUGAAUACAACCCAGAAAUCUUUGGAACGGUGACUAUGUUAUACAUUAAUUGCAAAGUAAAUGGUGUCUCAGUAAAAGCGUUCGUUGAUUCUGGUGCUCAAACUACAAUUAUGAGUGCAGCAUGCGCUGAGCGCUGCAAUUUAAAUCGACUUAUCGAUACUAGGUGGAAUGGAGUGGCUAAAGGUGUUGGCACUCAACGUAUUAUUGGUCGGAUACAUAUGGUUCAGUUGCAGAUAGGAAACGAUCAUCUAACAUCGAGCUUUUCAGUUUUGGAAAAACAAGGAAUGGAUAUGUUGCUUGGCCUUGAUAUGCUGAAACGUCAUCAGUGCAACAUUGAUUUGCAGCGAAAUGUACUGCGCAUUGGUACAACUGGCACAGAAACGCCAUUCUUACCCGAAAACGAGCUGCCUGAUUGCGCACGUCUCACCGGUAAUUCAGAGGACGAAUUAAAGUUGUUGGAACAAUCAGCAAGCGAAGCUGAGUCACGCGCCAUACAACAAGCUAUCGAACAAAGCAAACAAGAUGCUGCUUCAACUUCGAAGAGAUCUCAAGGUGGUGCAGCUAAUGAUGUUUCGUCCACUGACAGUUUCACCGAGAGCGACGUCACCGAUUUGGUGAAACUUGGAUACAAUCGUACAGAUGUGAUUGCUGAGUUGCGUCGUCAUAGCGGUAACAAAACGCAAGCAACUGCCGCGCUCAUUGCCAAGUCAUUGAGAUUUUGAGAAGACGAUGGCGUCGUCACCACUGUCGCCGCCCUGAAACACUAAUAGAGGAAGGACCAAUAAAAUUAAACAAUAUACGUCUAAGAAAAAAAUAGAUAAGAAAAAAAAUAGCGAUUUAUUCAUGCCACAAUUUUCCACAUACAUAUUAUACUUACAUAUUUAUGUGUAAGUUUUUGCGCAAAAUUAUCGUCAACUGUUGGAAUAACGAUACGAAUAACAAACAGCGACAACAAUUAAAAAUAAGGCGUAAGCUUUAAUAAUGAAUUAAGCCUACCAUAACAUUCAAACUACCUCAGGCUACAGCAUUUCUUAUUUUAUACACACCGCAACGGACAAAGAAUGUGGCUGAUUUGUGGGCAAACAUCAUCAUUAUAAAAGUAAAAAAAACCCACACACAGGAAAAACAACAGUGAAGGUCGAUUUCAUUGAAAUUUUAUGUGAAUGUAAAAUAUCAACGACAAAAUUUGUUUACUAAUGGACUGGAUCAUACUUUUAUAACUUAAAUUUUUGGGGACUAGUUUCAUAAGAUAAUCGGAUUUUUCCGUUACAAUUUAUGGUGUACGAAAAGGGUUUGUAAAGGUAAAAGUAGCACUGCAAUAAGUAAUAUAAAAUUACUUAAUAAUAAAAAUAAUAAAUAGAUGAAAAUUGAUCAAACCAAA